CACCCCACCUUAUCCCAACUGGUCCCAGUUUGUCUACGAGGACGCCAUGGACCUGAUCGCCAAGCUGCCUUGCGUCGCCGCCAAGAUCUACCGCAACCUGUACCGGGAGGGCAGCAGCAUCGGGGCCAUCGACCCCAACCUCGACUGGUCCCACAACUUCACCAACAUGUUGGGCUACACCGACCCCCAGUUCAUCGAGCUGAUGCGGCUCUACCUCACCAUCCACAGUGACCACGAGGGGGGAAAUGUGAGUGCCCACACCAGCCACCUGGUCGGCAGUGCCCUCUCCGAUCCCUACCUCGCCUUCGCCGCCGCCAUGAACGGGCUGGCCGGGCCCCUGCACGGCCUCGCCAACCAGGAGGUGCUGCUCUGGCUGACGGACCUGCAGAAGGAGCUGGGGCAGGAGGUGUCAGAUGAGAAGCUGCGGGAUUUCAUCUGGAACACGCUCAAUUCGGGCAGGGUGGUGCCGGGGUACGGCCACGCCGUGCUGCGGAAGACGGACCCCCGUUACACCUGCCAGAGAGAAUUCGCCCUCAAGCACUUGCCCAAGGACCCCCUCUUCAAACUGGUGGCCCAGCUCUACAAGAUCGUCCCCAACGUCCUCCUGGAGCAGGGCAAGGCCAAGAACCCCUGGCCCAACGUGGACGCCCACAGCGGGGUCCUGCUGCAGUACUACGGGAUGAAGGAGAUGAAUUACUACACGGUGCUUUUUGGGGUCUCCCGGGCCCUGGGCGUCCUCUCGCAGCUCAUUUGGAGCCGGGCCUUGGGUUUCCCCCUGGAGAGACCCAAAUCCAUGAGCACGAAGGGCCUCAUGCAGCUCGUGGGCUACAAAUCCGGGUAAAAAAAGGGAUGGGGACAGGGCCGUGGCUCGCUGCCCCCCAGGGAAGGUUGCCCCAUCGGGCCCCGGACACCCUCGGCACUGAACCCCCCCCCUCGGCACCGGCCGUGGGGCUCCCCCCACACCCCCAAAAUUGCUUCUCUCCCCUCCUUGCUGUUCUGGGAGGGGGCAGAAGCAGCCCCAGGGGGGUCACCCU